AUGAAUCGGUAUGUGGUGCUACAGCAGCUCGGCGACGGGACGUAUGGUUCCGUGGUGUUGGCGCAACGUCGCGACACGGGGGAGAAGGUGGCCAUAAAGCGUAUGAAGCGCAAAUACUACUCGUGGGAUGAAGCUAUGAAUUUACGUGAGGUCAAGUCUCUAAAAAAACUUAAUCACGCAAAUAUUGUAAAGUUACGUGAAGUAAUAAGAGAAAACGACACUCUAUACUUCGUGUUUGAGUACAUGCGUGGCAAUCUUUAUCAGCUGAUACGCGACGCCGAACGACCCUUCCCCGAACCCGUAUUGAGAAAUAUAAUAUAUCAGGUACUUCAAGGGCUAGCUCAUAUGCACCGUCACGGCUUUUUCCACCGGGAUCUGAAACCUGAAAAUUUGCUGUGUGCGGGAGCGGAAUUAGUGAAGAUUGCUGAUUUAGGAUUAGCGCGGGAAGUGCGCUCUCGACCGCCAUACACCGACUAUGUAUCCACGCGCUGGUAUCGCGCUCCCGAGGUACUGCUUCACGACACGCGAUACGGCGCACCCAUAGAUUUGUGGGCACUCGGUUGCAUCAUGGCGGAGUUGUACACGGGUCGACCAUUGUUCCCUGGCAACUCCGAAAUUGACCAACUGCACAAGAUUUGCGCCAUCCUUGGUACGCCUGAUCGCGACGAUUGGCCCGAGGGAUAUGCUCUAGCUGAAGGGUUGCGAUUCCGUUUCCCGUCCAGUGCAGGAGUGCCGUUAGCACGCGUGGUGCCUUCAGCCUCACCAUCCGCUUUGGCGUUGCUUGCUGCACUAAUGCGCUAUCCACCGCGCGAUCGUCCUACUGCACCGCAGGCACUACGAUUUCCAUACUUUGCUGUAGGCGCUGCACUCGUUUUACCACCACCAGCCUCCCGGGCGCGCAGAAGCUCCACCCGCGCAGAGGUAGAGAACGUUCCAGAGAAGGCGGCCAGGUCGCCCGUCCCUGCGCUUCCACUGCACGCUGCGCUUCAGCCGCCGGCACUCCGCGAUAGGUUCGCUGAUAUUCUCGGAGGCGAGGUAGUGCACGAGGCGAGCGGCGAGCAGCCCUUGCGGCGCGUGGCGGGGGUGGGCGGGGAGGCGCGCGGGCGCAGCGUGCUGGCGGCGCUGCAGCCGCCCGCACAGCACGUGCCAGCGCCCGCACAGCCUCUCGUCUCGCUCGCCCCUCCGGGUGCCGCGGCAGCCGCGUAUUUGAGCGCAGCUCGAUAUGUCACGGGUUCGCGCAUAGAUACUUCGCUUUUCCGUCCGCUACCUCUUCGAGCGCAUCGAGAAGCGACGGCGGUGGGUAGCGGUGCGGCCCGGGUCGAUUGGGCGGCCAAGUACUUGCGAUGA